AUGUCCCCCCCAAAACAAACCUCAACCCUCUACGCCACCACCCUCCCCAUCCUCACCAGCAUCCUCAAAACCCUCCUCCACCUCCUCCGCACCGCCGAACGCACCCACCCCAACCCAUCCUCCCUACUUCUCAACUCCCGCCUCCAUCCAACCAUGUACCCCCUCACCGACCAAAUCCGCCUCGUGACGUCCAACUCCGCCCGUCUCUACGCCCGUCUCACCAACCACCCUGAGGCAGAAACUCUCCCCACGACGCUGCUACCAGAGGGUAACCCGCAAUCCUUCGCGGAGUGCUACGAGCGCAUCGACAAAGUGCUGGAACUUCUGAAAGAUGCGGAUACCGAUGUGGUGAAUGCCAAUGCCGAAACGGUCAAGCCUGCGCCCGCGGGACCCGGGGUCGAGAUCGAUGUGACGAAUGCGACGUAUGCGCAUACCAUGGUCCUACCGAAUAUUUACUUCCAUUUGAAUAUUGCGUAUGCGAUUGUGAGGAUGGAGGGCGUGGAGGUUGGGAAGAGGGAUUUGUAUGUUGGGUUUGGGGAGUUAUGGGCAUGA